UCUUCCCUGUAAUCCGUUUUCCAGGUUGAGCAUGGAGAAGAACAACGGGGAAGUCAAGGAAGAAUUCAAGGCCCCGAGCGAUGGCUCUAUUUGUGGAUUUGAUUCCCUCCAUCGCCUUCUUCAAGAAAAUCUCAAGCCCCAUCACUUUCAGGAAGUUAGCCGCUUGCUUCUUGGGCUUAAUUGUGGAAGAGCGCUUGAUACUAUAACUCUCCCUGAAUCUGCUGCAGCUCUCUCUUUGGAGCACGGUUUUGACCUCCAGGCUUUCUCAUUUCAAGCUGACGGAGAACUAAUGAGAGAACCUAGAGUAGUUAGGGUUGGUCUGAUUCAAAACUCUAUUGCCCUUCCCACAACUGCUCCAUUUUUUGAUCAAAAGAGGGCUAUCUUUGAAAAGCUAAAACCGAUUAUUGAUGCAGCUGGCGCUUCAGGAGUCAACAUAUUGUGCUUGCAAGAAGCAUGGAUGAUGCCUUUUGCAUUCUGUACUCGAGAGAAGAGGUGGUGUGAAUUUGCUGAACCUGUUGAUGGAGAAUCGACACAGUUCCUUCAAAGUUAUGCAUUAAAAUAUAACAUGGUCAUUAUAAGUCCAAUUCUUGAGAGGGAUAUCAAUCAUGGAGAGGUUCUCUGGAACACUGCUGUUAUUAUUGGAAAUCGUGGAAAUAUAAUUGGGAAGCACCGUAAGAACCAUAUCCCAAGAGUUGGGGACUUCAAUGAGAGCACAUAUUAUAUGGAAGGAAAUACUGGCCACCCUGUAUUUGAAACAGCAUAUGGGAAGAUUGCUAUCAACAUAUGCUAUGGUCGGCACCAUCCUUUAAAUUGGUUAGCCUUUGGCUUGAAUGGUGCAGAGAUUGUUUUCAACCCUUCUGCAACUGUUGGCGAACUCAGUGAGCCAAUGUGGCCAAUAGAGGCUCGUAAUGCCGCAAUAGCAAAUAGUUAUUUUGUUGCUUCAAUUAAUCGUGUUGGUACUGAGAUAUUCCCAAACCCCUUUACAUCGGGAGAUGGAAAGCCAGCGCAUGCCGAUUUCGGUCACUUUUAUGGAUCCAGUCAUUUCUCAGCACCUGAUGCUUCAUGCACUCCAUCCCUCUCACGAAACCGGGAUGGCUUGAUAAUUGCAGACAUGGACCUCAACUUAUGUAGGCAGUAUAAGGACAAGUGGGGUUUCAGAAUGACUGCUCGUUAUGAUUUGUAUGCAGACACACUUGCUCGCUACCUCCAACCAGACUUUGAGCCUCAAGUCAUCAGUGAUCCCUUGUUGCAUAAGAAGUCUUUGUAACUAUCUCAGACUAUCUCUAUAUGAGUGUGAAAAAGGAAUAAGGAAAAUGGAAGAAAGCGAGACACUUGCUGUGGAACAGCGAAGAAGCAUUUGCUGUGUUGCCCUUGCAUGUACAAAACUGGAAAAGAAGAAGGUAGAAUAAAUCUGUAGAAAACAAAUUGUUCCUCUUAAUUUAUUGUAUUGCUGAGAUAUUUCUUUGUUCAAUAAAAUCAGAAAUGAUUUCCUUUUUCAUAUGGCCAA